UAGGCCGCUGCUUUCCCCGUCCGCAGACCCGCACCCAUCCGCUCUUCUUCUUCCGCACCCCUCCCUACCCUACCGCAAAUCUCCACCCGGCCUGUUCCCAGUUCCCACCCCCAGACGGGCAAAUCCACUUCUUCUCUCCUCCACUUUCUCCUCUUCCCAAAUCUAUUCUCCCAAAGUACCUCAACGGAAUCGAGUUUCCUUGGGCCAAAUCGCGACCCAAGCAGCCAGAUCAGCAAAUCCAUGGCGGCCGCCGCCGCCGCCGCUGCUUGGGGAGAUCCUAUUUGCGCAGUGCCACCCGUGGACGCUAGGCGCGUGUUGCUGAAGGUCACCUUCUAGUCGGACCGGGGGCGCUGUGCGUUUGCUGGGCACGCCGUUGGUUCUUGUCUGGGUCGCAGCCAUGGCUGUACGGAUCUAAGUCUCCGCCGUAUAAAAGUCUCCGCUGUAUGGACUCCGAAGGGAACGCGGCAGACUGAUGGCAGAACAAAAUUUUGAAUAUAUAAUAAAAUAAUAAGGGCUAGAUAGAGCAGAUUGAAGGCAGUCAGGAUUAAUAAGGACGAAUAUAUGAACCAGUCUGGAUAGAGCAGAUUGAAGGCAGUCAGGAUUAAUAAGGGCUGAUAUAUGAACCAGUCGAUCUCCAAACGACACCGUCCAGUGGCACCGGAGGUCGGUGGUGGCAGCAUGAUUCCAGAUGAGGUGCUGCUGUUCGAGAUCCUGGUGCGCCUUCCUGUGAAGUCCCUUGUGCGCUUCAAAUCUGUUUGCAAGGCGUGGUGCGCCACCAUAGCCAGCGCUCAUUUCGUCCGCCUGCACUUGGAACUUGCAAGAGCUAGAAGCUCAUCAUCCAUGGUCAUAGUCCCUCGGAAGGAGCAGCCGAGACCGACAAAGCUGGCCUCUGUUUGCGUCCACAUCUUCAGCUUCCAGCCAGCACGGCAAAGCAAUGUCGCCAAGCUCAUUAUGAAGAGCAAGCCUCGUCCUGGUGGCAUCCCACAUUUCACCAUCCCCCUGCACUGCGAUGGACUGAUUCUGAUCCCCAGCGUUACAGGGCACAUAUUUGUGUGCAACCCGGCCACCAAGGAGUUUGUUGAGUUGCCACGGGGCACCCGGAAUGUGGCAUUGGACCAAAGGGUCGCCUUCGGCUUUGAUCCUUCCAGUGGUACGUAUAAGGUGGCUAGGCACUUCUUGCGCUCAUACAGUGAAGGGCAAAAACGUACAGAAUACGAUGUUGGACAUGAGGUCUUGACGCUUGGCGAUGGCAUAGAGACGUUGGAAUGGAAAGCAACCAUUGAUCCACCUUACCCUAUCAAGGGCAGGACUCCUAUUUGCUUGCCAGGAUUCUUCUAUUGGAGUGCAGUCCAGUCUGUGGCUGACGACGCUGACCACAGCAAGCUCGACACAGAUGUUAUCCUCCGAUUCAGCAUGCGCGAUGAUACGUUCACUGUGCACCCCAAUCCUCCAUGCAGGAGCUACCUAAGUACAAAUGACCUUCUGUGUGAGCUAAGUGGCAAUCUGUGCUAUGUCCACUCCCCCUCCUCUCGCGAAGUCUCCAUUUGGUUAGCACAAGAUGGACAAAACAUAAUAACAUGGUCACUACGUUGUCGUGUCAAUCUGCCCGUACCAAGGCUUCUUCGUGUUUAUGCUUGUGCUUCAGCUGAUCAAGGCACAAUAUUCCUCUCUGUGGAUGCUCUUCACCUUUUGAAGUGCAACCUCCAUGAUGGAUCUCUUGAAACAGUGGUCAGUAUGCCAUUUAACUUGGUGUAUGUUCACGGGAAAGGGGUAAAUUUUAUCUAUCAGGGACACCCUUUUUCGCAUUACAUGGUGCCAUAUGUGGAAUCUUUGCUACGGAUUGGACCAUGCUAAUGUUAUUAAUACCAAGUUGGUUAGGGUCCUUGCGGUGGGAUUUAUCCACCCGGAUUGAAGUCUUAGCAGCCUGGGAAUGGGAACAUGAUUCUCGUUCCUGUUCUCAUGUUCCACAUUCCAGGAAUGUAGACGUUCCUGAAACGCCAAUGUUCCCGUUAGGUUGAGUGUGUGUACGCGUUGAACGUCUGCAUCUAUACUUGUGUAAUUCACAAAAAUAAAUAAAAGAAAGGGUAUGCUUGAAUGCGGCUUGUAUGUUAUCAAUAGAUGUGGGUGUGUUGUAAGCUGUUUGUAACAAAAUUACUAUCCUCUUUUUUCGGCAAACAACAAUUAAUUCAUAUGUGUUCUCUCUCUUUGUCAAUGUUGACACGAGCAACGCUGUAGCACCUGAUUCACCGGAUGUGUUGUAUGAUGCCGAAUCAGUAGUCCAAGUGGAUGCCACUUUUGGAGUGAGAUGUGCAGCACCCUGAAAAUCAUGGAGUAUAUCAUUCAAUAAAUCAUCCUUCACACCAGGUUGUAGCUACAUGACUUUGAGGGCAGUGGCGGAGCUUGGACCUAAAUCCAGCAGGAGCCAAUCAUUAAAGAACAAGGUUAAUCUUUAGUUUUUAUCAAGCCAGAAUGGCUGCAACUAAUGCAGUUUAUGCAAGUUUAGGGGUGGCCAUGGCCCCUAUUGGCCUGUGAGAAGCUCCACCAUGUUUGAGGGUAGGGUCUGCAACACCACAAAAAUCAUGGAGUGUACCUUUCUUAGGUUCAUCUUACACAACAGAAUGCGAUGAGUCCUUAAAGCCAGCAGUUGGCAUGACAUUUGAGGAUAUUGAAUCAGCCAUAGAGUUCUACGAAGCCUAUGCUGCACAUAUUGGGUUUCCGGUACGUGUUGGUCAGCACAAGCAAAGAAUGGAUUGCUGAUAAAUAAGUGUUUUAUUGCUCGAGGGAAGGGUUCCGUAAGUCUAAAGAUGAGAUGCAAUCCGAACCUGUGCACAGCGGGAGAAGGAAGUGUAAAAAAAAUCACUCGAUGUGGCUGCCUGCAAUUGUUGCUAUCAAAUUGACAAAGGAAAGUGCAUUGUGGUCCAUUUGGAAGUCUCGCAAGAAGAUUGUGACAUCGCCAGUAGCGCUGAUCUACAAGAUGCUGAUGCUGAGCAAGUCUUGGCGUCCUCUGUUGAAGCCGAAGCUGAUUCCAAUGGCGGAUGAGAUGAUGAAUUUGAUUUCGGCGAAAGCUGCUUCUGCGAUAUAGUUUCUGUCUUAGUAGAGUUCUUUGUCUCGUUUAGCUGCUUUUGCUGAACCUUUUAUAGCUUUUAGUUGCUUUUGUCGAGCUUUUAGUUGUGGUUGUUUUGGGCCCUCUGUUUUGUAAACUGGAAUCCCCAGUGCCGGAUCAAGGUGUUCGUUACGCUUUCUUAUAAAGUUGGGUGAAAGCCUUUGAUCUAAAA